AUGGCGGAAUUUACCCAAACCACGACUAUUGAUGACGUCUUGAUGUGGGAGAAAUUGGGCUGCGUUCCUUACGGCAUUGACGUUCAGACGUGGAAGGACAACGAUGCGAACAAGACUCCCCCAACUUGCGAAGAGGAUGAGAAUGGCGAACUUCGGUUUUACAAUGGCGAGACUAGCCGUCCUUGCCGUAACCUCUGUGAAUUCGAGAAGGAACUUCUGAAGGUGUUUUGGUUUCAGCAUGCGCCGCAUCUCCCUAUCCCUUCCUUUAAGGACCUCGAGAUCUGGCGUCAAACACUGACCAGUCCCGGCUUGGAUGCCUGGAAUGCUUUUGUCAGUGCUCACCAGACCGCUGCUCAGAAGAAAGAGAGGGAUAAUGCCAUCAAGGCCUGGUUCGAGAUGAUGCACGAUGCUUAUUGGCACAAGGAGAGAAACUGCGCCUGCAGAGCAAGCUACCGCAAUAAGCAAGAUGAACCUUUGGUUGAGCCAACACUGGCUCAAAUUACCAAGUCAACCCAAGAUAUUCACUCUCGAGGUAUGGGUCCGACCAAGGAAGGCAGCAAGAAGAGUGGCAAGAAGGCUGUUGCUGAUAUAACCCCAUCUAAGGAGCGCCAGACUCCCAUGAAGGCUACUGAGAUUUUUGAGGCGGAUACUGAGGAGGAUUUUGCCAAUGAGGCUUUCAACAAUAUCUUUGACCAGGGAGAUCUCCACCUGGAGAAGCGAUACGAGUUAAUGCUCAAGAAAGCUGCAGAAUCGAAUACCUUCGCGAACGAACUGCAAGCUCCCAAGCGCAAAUAUCUCGUACAGAAAGCUCCCAAGAAGUCUCAACCCUUCAAGGAGAUUGUCGAAGACCCUGAAGAGAUGGUUACAAAGAACUCUGAGAACAUUUCCGUCAAGGAAGCUAGCUUUGCUGCCUUGGCUAUUGAGAAGGAAGUUGACGAUGAGGAGAUGAUGGAUGCUCCAACUAAGGAAGCACUACCUGCUCCAAAGCGCAAGUAUCUCGCAAAAAAGGCUCCCAAGAAGUCCGAGCCUUUCAGAGAGACUGCUGAGGAGCCUGACGAAAUGGUUACAGUUGAGCAAGUUCCCAACAGGGAGUUCAUCCUUCCCGGUUUUGCUGUUUAUCAAGGCAACGAUGAUGAAGAGAUGAUGGGUGCUCCAGUCAAGGAGGCAAAAACGCCGGCACGCAAGACUCCCAAGAAGAAUGCGGCUUCUGAGAAGAAGACCAAGACUUCCGGCAUAUCUGCUACUACGACUCCUGGCAAGAUGGUUACCAACGACAAACCCAGCAAGAAGCUCAACUUUGCAGGCUUGACCUUCGAGGAGCAAAACGACUACGAGAUGAUAGAUGCUCCAUUCAAGACACCCACCACGCCUUCCAACCGCAUCCGCAAGCCUUCUGCCAAGAAGAUCGCUGCCACCACUACCCCCACUCCGGCUAAGAAGCGCAAGACAACCGCGGAGAAGAAUGCAGAUGAUGUUUGUAAUGGUGACGACGAGACACCUUCAAAAAAGCGCAAGGGAGUAAAGAAGGAGCAUGUCGGGGUCGAAAAGUCUAGCAAUAUCACCCUCCUUUGA